AUGGAGUGCUUAUGUUUGAUCCUCCUGCUGAUGGGUAGGACCACUUCAGUCUUGGCACAGUUUAAUGGAUACAACUGUGAUGCCAACUACCACAGUAGGUUUCCUGCGGAGCGUGACAUCAGUGUGUACUGCGGGGUUCAGACCAUGACCUUGAAGAUUAACUUCUGCCCAGUGCUGUUCUCCGGCUACACAGUUGCAGAUCUUGCGCUCAACGGUCGCCAUGGCGAUACCCACUGCCGGGGCUUCAUCAAUAACAACACGUUCCCUACGGUAGUACUGUUCAGCAUCAGCCUCAGCACACUGGAGGCCUGCGGCAACAGCCUGGUGGUGACAACAGCCUAUGGGGCUAAUGCCUACAGGAACAUGUCACUGGUACAGAUUGGGAAUAUCUCAGGGUACAUUGACACUCCAGACCCGCCAUCCAUCAUCAGCUAUCUGCCCGGCCUGCUGUACAAAUUCAGCUGCAGCUACCCUCUGGAAUACCUGGUCAACAACUCACAGCUGGCAUCAUCAUCUGCUGCAAUAUCAGUGAAGGACAGCAACGGUACCUUUGUGAGCACAUUGAGUAUGAUCCUUUACAAUGACUCAACCUACAACCAACAACUCUCUAUCCCAAUGGCCGGACUGGCUUUGAAAACCAGAGUGUUUGCAGCAGUGAAAGCCACAAACCUGGACAAAAGAUGGAAUAUCUUGAUGGACUACUGUUACACCACUCCCUCAGGGAAUCCCAAUGAUGAACUGCGCUAUGACCUUUUCUUUGGCUGCUAUAAAGACCCACAGACCACUGUUUUUGAGAAUGGGAAGAGUCAAAUGGGUCGUUUUGCCUUCGAAGUGUUCCGUUUCGUCAAACACAGACACCAGAAGAUGUCCACUGUGUUUCUGCACUGUGUCACCAAGCUGUGUCGGGUAGAUGACUGUGUCCUGCUCAUGCCGAUCUGUGGGCGUCGGCGUAGGAGAGAUAUAGAAGAGAGCCUGGAGUCUCGGCCGUCGUCUGGGGAUGCCAUCCUCACCGCUGGACCCAUCAUCACCAGGAUUGAUGAAACUCCAACAAAUAACUCACAACUUGCUUCAUCGAGUGGCCCCUCCCUGCCGUUGAACCCAGUGACCAGUGCUCUGCUGUCGGGUGUGGUCAUUCUGGGCGUGUUCAGUCUGGGCUUCUUCCUGCUCUCGCUCCGCCUCCUCCGCAGACCCCCCCUCCCUACAGCCACACCCUCAGAAGCAUGGAACCCGGGCUUCAAAUAA